AUGCCGUCCCGGUCUCAGCGUCAUCUGCCUAUCCCUCCAACCUCGACUUCUCCCACAGCCGCCAUCCCUCUAUAUCCUUCCCAACCAUCUGGACUGGAACUCAGCCCUCCCAGAGCGGUGCGGCCUCGCGAUGCCUCAAAUAUCUCCCCGAUGAGCGGUAGUAGGCCCAAGAAUCCGAACGACCGAGGCCAUUCCCGCUCGAUCAGCAAUCCGUUCGCCGGACUUGGGCGAAUGCGAGAUAAGAUAACCGCCAAGAAUGACGCUUGGGACUCGGACUCGGAUGAUGACGACGACGAUGUCACUUUCCCUCUCGAGUCGGAGUCUGCAAGCCCUCGGAAAGGCGCAGCACGCGGGGGUUCUGGAAAUGGUACCGACGAGGGCAAGUGCCCGACCUGCGAUGCUACUGUUCGGUGGCCACGGCACUUGAAGGUGUUCCGUUGCUCCAACUGCUUGAUGGUCACUGAUCUGGAGCCGAAUGCCCAAGAAUCGGGAGGCCUUGACGGUCGCCAUGAUAAGUCCCCACGCGGAACUUCGGGAGGACCGUCUAACUUGGCGAGAAAAGUGAUACCUUUGACUGCUAAUCAAACCCGUGGUAUGAUUGGAGGCUGUCUCAACAUGUAUUUUGACAUCCUCCUGGACAAUGGCUCUCGAUCGUGGUUGUCGCUGGACGACGACAAGAAGAACAAGCCACUGCCUGAUCUUCCAUCAAUGCAGACUCACACCUCUACUCCACGCAAUUCAUCACCCGCGCGUGCUGCUGGUUCUCGGAACCGCAGUGCUUCCCAUUCUAGUGGAAGAGAAAGACCCACGGCGGCAAAAGAUAACUCAUCGCAUUUAACUCCACAUCACGCUCGCCGGGAGGGCAAUGAUAUGCCCAGCAGAGUUCGUGCAAACUCAGAUCUCCAAUCAUCCUCGAUGCCAAUCCGCCGUCCGCAAGAUAGCUCGCAAGCUGCACGCCCGGAGUUCCAAAGCCGCGAGCAUCAAACUCAUAUAUUCAAGGAGGUGGAGAAUAUUAUCAGUGAUGCUUUCAGAGGUUGUGAUUGUCUCAACGAAUCUUUCAGUACCUAUCCACCUCCCCGAUCCGCUCGAGCAGCCAGUAAUGGUAAUCCGCCGAUGAUGAAAAGGGAGCCCCCUGCAAUGCCUGAGCCCGAACCACCCUAUGAUGCCACUGCCUUUGAACCAGAUGCCAAAACGCUUCUUCUGGGAGACCUGAGCGAGAACUCGGCCUGGUGGAUGAACGAAUGGGCUGAGGCUGAAGGUCAGAAUCCUGCAUAUUCCAAAGAGAAGAGUCCCCCAAAAUCUCGGAUGAUAUCAUCGCGGAGCCCUCGGAUCAACUGGACCGAGGUAGCUCAAUGGUAUCAUUCAAUCCUAUCAGCGGGAAGCUCUUGGACCGAGCAGUGGAAGGCCAAAAAGCCUGACCCCACACGAUCGGAAGCAGAUUCAAUGCGAGCAAGGAGAUGGGAAUCCAUAGAUCCUUCCUUGAUUGGAGGAGAAAUCAGCGAGUCCCGUCUACACUUACAACGGGUCCUAUUGAAGGCCACAGAAAAUCUUCUCAAGCGCCCCCGCCGUCUCUUGAAGAAACCAGAAGAUACCAGAUUCCUGUUCAUUCUGCUAGCAAAUCCUCUCUUGUCUUCACCUGCAUCCUAUGCUCAAAACCCAGCACCUGGGCCAUCUCAGCGUGAAGCCAGGCGCCCAUCACAUCCAAAGGACUAUCCGAAGUCGGCAGGUCGAGACGGCCAUCGUCCACACAAAGAGUCGUCCAUACCUCCUUCUCGCUCGGAGGGCUCUAACCAUCACUACGGUCUUAUCAAGCGCAUUUUGGGACUCAUGUCCAACUUGCCCAAUGAUUGCCAUCACUGUUUCGUGUCUUGGGCUGCGCGUUUCUCUAUCAGACAUUUCGAGCGAUUGGUAGAACUUGUUGGUGGAUUCCUCAAUUAUCGUUUGAGCCGCCAACAUGGGCGGAAACGCCCUGAGAAGCCACAAAAGGGAAAUGGCGAUGACUUGAUACCGAGUUUCACCAGUGCUUCGGGCAACACCCCUGCGGAACUUCAUGCUGCCAUCAGUCGAAGGGGCCCGCACAAGAAGAAAGAGACAGAAACCCCCUUUAUAUAUGAGGAGGACUGGCAGAUCAGAGCUGCAGCAAGGGUCUUGUCGCUGUUCUUCGCGGCCAACAUCUCCGGUUCUACGAGGAAAUCCGAUGGAACCCCACGCAACCUCGAUUUACCUAAGAACCCAGGUCCUCGCCAGGGCAACAUGAUACCAAUCAGCGCAUUCUACAAUACCUUGCUGGACUAUUCGGAUUUAGUGGCGGAUUUCGAAAUCUGGGAAUCUAGGGUCUCGAAGUUUUCGUUUUGUCAAUACCCGUUCCUUCUCAGCAUCUGGGCGAAAAUCCACAUCAUGGAGCAUGACGCACGUCGCCAAAUGGAAGUGAAAGCACGCGAUGCAUUCUUUAACAGCGUCCUGAACCACAGGGCGGUUAGUCAAUAUCUUGUGCUGAAGGUGCGGCGCGAAUGCUUGGUUGAGGAUAGCCUCAAAGGGAUCGGUGAAGUUGUUGGUACUGGCCAAGAAGAGAUCAAAAAGGGUCUCCGGGUUGAGUUCUUAGGAGAGGAAGGCAUUGACGCCGGUGGCCUGCGAAAGGAGUGGUUCCUUCUGCUCGUCCGAGAGAUCUUCGAUCCAGAUCAUGGUCUCUUUGUCUACGAUGAUGAUUCGAAGCAUUGCUACUUCAACCCGCAUUGCUUCGAGUCGUCCGAGCAGUUUUAUCUAGUUGGAGUACUUUUGGGACUCGCUAUCUACAAUUCCACCAUCCUUGAAGUUGGUCUGCCGCCGUUUGCAUUCAAGAAACUGCUGUCGGCGGCGCCGCACACUAGUGGGCCACAGAUGGCUACCGCCUUGCGUUCAAACUUCAAGUGCACUCUGGAAGACCUUGCUGAGUUCCGGCCAGCUCUCGCCAAAGGACUCCGGGGCCUACUGGAAUUUGAAGGCAAUGUCGAGGAGACAUUCUGCUACGAUUUCGUUGCCCAGGUUGAUCGCUACGGCGAAGUCAUCAGCGUGCCGCUCUGCGCCAAUGGCGAGAAUCGGCCCGUGACCAACUCCAACCGGCGCGAGUUUGUGGACUUGUAUGUUAGAUACAUGCUCGACACGGCCGUCGCUCGACAAUUCGAACCUUUCAAACGCGGUUUCUUCACUGUCUGCAGUGGCAAUGCGCUAUCCUUGUUCCGGCCUGAGGAGAUCGAAUUACUUGUCUGCGGGUCAGAUGAACCACUCGAUGUUAGUUCUCUCCGGGCUGUGGCCACCUACGACCACUGGUCCCAUCCACGACCAGACACACUCCCUGUAGUACGAUGGUUCUGGGAAUUCUUUGAAAAUGCAGGACCCAAAGCACAGCGCAAGAUUCUGUCCUUCAUUACUGGCAGCGAUCGAAUCCCGGCGAUGGGCGCCACAAGCCUCGUCAUCAAGCUUGCUUGUCUUGGGGAUGACUGCCACCGUUACCCGAUUGCGCGUACGUGCUUCAACACGCUGGGCCUUUACCGCUAUUCGACGCGGGAGAAAUUCCUUGAGCUUUUCUGGGAAGCGGUGGUCAAUAGCGAAGGCUUUGGCUUGAAAUGA